UGUCUAAAGAAAAUUUGUCUUAAUUUUCAUUUUUCAAGUAUCUAAAACAGAAAAAAAUAAAAACUUAACUUUUUCCUUUAAAGCUCCACUUUGUUGUUGACAGUGGUUAGCAACAAUUUCAGUGGCGAUUUUAGCGACCUACUGAUUUCAGUGGCCACUAACAUCAAUGUCAGUGAGCGAUUGGUUUAGAGAGCAAGUUUUUAUUUGGGUAUAGGGAGAGAGUGCUGGUGAAAAAUUGUAAUUUAUGCUGGUGAAUUUAUAAGUUGAUGUUGAGCUUAAAAUCUUUGAAGGGAGGUAGUGUUGGUGGCUACUAUUUGCAUAGACUCACUCUUUGAAGUUUCUUUUUUUGUUCUAUAGCGAUAUUUUGAUGGCUAUUGUUUUUGGGUCCUUUAAAGAAAUAAGUUACUGAUUAUCGACUGAGUUUCUUGCUAUGGAAAAGAAAAUUUUAACAAGAACGGAUUUUCUGAGUUCAAGAAAUCGAGUUUUACUUUGCCAAAUGAGUUCCCUUAGAAGUUUGAAUCUUUUACUAGUUCCUUUGCUUCUUUAAACUCACCGGAUGAGCUUGUUAUUAGUUCAACCGAGAAAGAAAGUAGCAACGAAAAUAAUUUUCUUACUGAGAUUGGGUGACUCACUCAACAACUCAUUGAUAAAGGUUAAUAAAAGAAAAUAAUUAUCCACUUUUUCUAGAAAUAAAUUCUUUUGUGAAGUUGAUGAUGAUUAUAUUCAAGAUGAUUUCAAUCUUUACAGAUUAAGCAGUUAAGUUCCUUAUUAUAAUUAUGCAUUUAAUUUGAUCUAGGAUGUUGAAUUCUCUUUUGGGAAUAUGUUUAUAGAUGAAUAAUAAUAGCAUUUUAUCUGUUUGAUUAAAUGCUAAAGAGAAUAAUAAAUUUUUUAGAGUUUGAUAGAAAAGGGAAGGAUUUAAGUUGAAAAAAGCUCUACGUUCUAGUUGUAUAAUUGUUUAAAGAGCUUGCUAAACUGCAGUAAGAGUGGAGAGCAAAUUUGUCACUUGGCUGCUCAUCAUAUCUUGUUGGCGCAUGCUUCAGUUGUGAAAUUGUAUAGGGAAAAGUAUCAGGUCUUGCCCAUUUCAUCUAUUUAAUCCUUGUUUCCGGUUAUAAAUAAAAAUAAUAUAAAAAUCUGAAGUACGGAUUGUGUAUAUUUGGAAUCUGGAGGUAAGUGUCAAUCUCAGUCAUACUGUCGUGAUGAUUUUUGAGACAUUGGGUGGGUUUUGUUUUUAACAGACGAUACAUGUAGUCAUGGUGUUGCAGGGCAAGAAAUUUGGAUUUAUUGGGAUAAAUCUGUUUGUAUAUGGGGUUGUUCCUCUAACAAACUCAAGAGAGGAUGUUCUUGCAACUCAAAGAGCUAAUGACUUUUUUGUUGGCUUGAUAAUGAAUCCUUUGGUGUUUGGAGACUACCCUGAUACAGUAAAGAAAAAUGGAGGCAUAAGACUACCAGUGUUCACCAAUUAUGAAUGCAGAAUGGUUAAGGGUUCGUUUGAUUUUCUUGGAGUGAAUCAUUACUCCACAAUUUAUGUCAAAGACAACUCGGACACCUUGAAAUCCGAAAAUAGAGAUUUUCUGGCAGAUAUGGCAGUAAAAAUAGUGUAUGGGAUGCCUGCAUCAGCACAUGAGAACCCGCGAGAUUCAUCAUUGGAAGACAUUCCUAGGGUGACAUAUAUCCAUUCAUACAUGGGGAGUCUGCUGGAUGCCGUCAGGAAUGGAUCAAAUGCAAGAGGCUAUUUUACGUGGUCUUUCUUGGAUGUAUUCGAGCUCAUUGAUGGCUACAAUUCAAUCUUUGGCUUGUAUUAUGGGGAUCUAGAGGAUCCUGAAUUGAAGAGAUACCCCAAGCUCUCUGCACAUUGGUACUCUCACUUUUUGAAAGGAGGAAGCGUCAGUUCUGAUAAAUUUAUCCAACUUGGCAAAGAUUCUUCACUUCUCUCCAAGAACCGCUUCUUUCAGUAGAUUACAUAAUCUAGAAUCCUAUCCUGUAUUCAUCUUAAAGCAACUUCAGGAUUUGUGUUGCUCUGUUUAUGAGCUACAAUGGAGCUGUUGGGAAAUUAAUAAAAAUAGUUCUCCCAAUUAAAAAAAUCAAUGAAACGGCUCUAAUACCUUUUCUUGGGAUCAAA